AUGCGAUGCGCGAGCAAGGCCGCCGAGAGCGCGUCUGCACGUAUCUGUGCGGACGCCGAAGCAGAAACUACAGCAACUGAUAUCCCAUCGGUUGCUGAAUCGACUCAGCCUGUAUCACCUGGUGAUGCAGGCGCUGGUCAUGAAGACACUCGUGUCUUCACAGAGUACGAGCUCGGUGUCUCGUACUCUCCUGAUACGGAUGACGGAUCCGUAUCGACGGCAAUUGAAUCCAAGCCGCCUGCCAAGCGUGGCAUGGACGAUGCUUUGCGUCGCAGCAUCUUUGGUUCAUCUGAUGAGUCAGAUGAACCAUCGCCGAAGCGAAGGCGCUCGAGGUCGCGAGACUCGGGCGCUAAUAGUGGUGUCGUUUCUCCAAUGGACACCACUUCACAGCGAGGUGCCAGUACUUCUGUCGGCACGUCGCAGGAAGAGCGGGACCGCAAUGUGUUGCGUCUCGCUCCAGAGAAGAAGGCAUGGAUGCCUCCUAAAUCUGUCAUGGAUCACUUGUCGGCGACGACGAGUGAUCGUUAUCGAACACGAUUGUUCGAUUCGUCAAGGAUCCAUCACCUUGACCCCAGCGCGAAAGACUAUCGCGCUGAACAUGAGUUCUUCAUCGAUGCUUUCUUCAGACAUCGAUGGUACAGUGGGAAUCACAAACGUGAUGGUCCCUCACUACUUCAAGCGUGGAACGCCUACAUCCAUAACCUCGAGGAUGUAGGUCGUGACGCUUGGAACGACAAACUUAUCAAAGCUCGUGAUAAGUUUGAAAAGCGAACCCCGACAGGUGCACGCUAUAAGCUGCAUCGUCUGUCAAGGGAGAAAGGAUUACCCUGCCUCUCUUGGGGAGACUCGUGCCCAUGUUGUGUGAACAACUCUGCACGAGCACCUAAGGAGGCUUACCUCCUUACCAGCCCGUGGUGGCGCGUACGUGUCUCUACUGAGAUGUACGAAGGGAUUGACAACCUGAAAUCCCUUUACGACCGUGCCGGGAAGACUUUCUCCGGCGGUCCUUCUGCGGCACAGGAUGUGUCGCGUCGUACUGCCUCGACCAGACCCAGUACGUCAACCAUCAAUUGGGAGCGGGGCUCCCAAGAAUCCCAGGACGGGGGAUAG